UUUUUUUUUUUUUUUUUUUUUUUUUUGCGUUUCUUGAGGAGUUAAGAAACGCACCGGCACUGCCUGGAAUGGUUGAGCCUAGCUCUCCAGCGAUGCACCUCCUCUCCAAUGUGGAAGGCAGCCUGACAUGUGUUGGUGUCAAAGUAGAACAGGAGGAUAUCAGUAAAGGGACUGGACUCAUCACCAACACCGAACCUACUCUGAAGAUGUCCCCCUCUCGUGACUGGGUUGGGAAUCAGCCACUGAUGGCUCGUCAACUGACACCACCACUCUCCUGUUCACCUUUAGAGGAUUCUCCAGGUAAAGAGUUGCCACACAUACAAGCCCAAGUAACACUCAAGGAGACAAAGCUCCGGGAUCCACCAAAAGGACAGUCCAAGGAAGGAAACCCAGAAUCUCUCGCGGAGAAGGAGCUCCAGUUGUUGAUGAUGAUCAACCAACUGAGUGGACUAAGGGAGCAGCUCCUGGGUGCCCACUCUGAGCAGAGGAACAUGGCUGCCUUGCUUCUGGAAAAACAGCAACAGCAAAUGGAGCUAGCCCGGCAGCAGCAAGAACAGAUUGCUAAACAACAACAGCAGCUGAUCCAGCAGCAGCACAAGAUCAACCUUCUUCAGCAGCAGAUUCAGCAGGUAAACAUGCCCUACGUGAUGAUCCCUGCUUUCCACCCCAACGCCCAGUCUCUUUCAGUCCCCUCUGACCCACAGAUAAACUUGCCAUUGCAGCCAAUCCCAUACAAGCCAGCUCUGGAUUAUCCCAUGCAGCUACUGUCCACGCCUGUCAAGAGGAGCGGUGGUUCCAUCCGACAGGAAGCAGGUCAGCCUUUGAAUCUGACGUCCAAACCUAAAGGACUGGAGCUGGGUAAAGCCCACAGUCCAAAAUGCAUGGAGCUGGGAUCGCUGGGGGUGCAGGGCACCUACAUACACAGAGAUAUGCCAAAGGACGCAUCAAACAGCCCACCACGAUCUGCCCUCACUUUACUCAGAGACAGUGAUGUAGUCACCCAGGCCAUCCAUGAUGCCCAGCAGCUACUGAGGAGUCACAAUGCCGGAGGCCGAGAGAGAGAAACCGACAGAGAAACCAGCAGAAAAUUGGACUGCAAAUAUCUUCCUUGUGGUGAGAGAAUUGUGCACUCCGAGCAAGGUGACGACCGACACACAUUGCUGUCCACUGAUGACCACCUCAGCAGUGACUCUGAGAGUGUUCCUCGCAAGAUUUCGGACAGAGGAGUGCAAAGAAUAAUCAGAAGAGUUGUCCAAGAGCCAAAGAUCACUUGUGGAGAGCUUCAAAAAGACCUGGAAUUAGCAGGUACCCUGCAGGUCCCAGGCAGCUACUCUGAGGCCCGCCCCCCUCCGUCUUCAGGCCACAUCAAGAGACCUAUGAAUGCCUUCAUGGUUUGGGCCAAGGAUGAGCGCAGGAGAAUCCUGCAGGCCUUUCCUGAUAUGCACAACUCCUCCAUCAGCAAAAUCCUGGGCUCCAGGUGGAAGUCCAUGUCCAACCAGGAGAAACAGCCUUACUAUGAAGAGCAGGCCAGACUGAGCAGGCAGCACCUGGAACGCUACCCAGACUACAAGUACAAACCCCGGCCCAAACGCACCUGUAUCGUGGAGGGACGGAGGCUGAGGGUGGGCGAAUACAAAGCCAUGAUGAAGAGCCGCCGACAGGAACAGAGGACACCAUACACCAGGAGUCCAACAGAACCACAGUCCAUCCACUACUCUCACAAUGACGCCUUGUACCCGGUUGGUGGCGGCAGCGGCGGCUCUGUCUCCAUGGGAUCCAUGUCCUUUCACUCCUCCGUUCUGGAGCACUACCUGCCGCAGCCUCCGCCGAUGUCGGGCCCGGCCACGCCUGCCCCUCUGCCCCGGGUGAGGCAGACGGACACAGAGCUAGAGCAGGCACCGUAUAGCGAAGGAGAGGAAAGUGACAGAGGGGAGAGAAGUGAGGGGGAACUUGUGCUCCUCACAGAUUGAAAAGAAUACAUCAGAAUUACCUGGAAAUGAAAGAAGGGAUUUGGUUGUCACUGAAUUUUAGGAAGCCCCAUUCGCUUGUAAAUUAUCCCCAGUGACACACACCCAAUGCACAUAAAGGCGAGCUCUUAUCUCACUCAUUGCAUGUUAAAAGUCAAUAAGGACGUCCAUUUAGAACCGGGCAAUUUCAAGUUAUAAUACAGUAUAUCAGGUUACAGUCUUUUCUUGCUCCAAUGUUGUUGGUCAAGAAGGCUAUGGAUUCUACAUAGAAAGGAUUAGCAAUUCAUCUUCUAUUUGGGACAUAUUUGGCUUAUUCAUACGCCUGCACUGCCUCCUGCAGAUGAAGUUAGAUUGUCACAACAUAGACAAACCUUUAUAUUUGCUCAUGGUCCUUUAAAAUGACCUUAUUUUGAAGGUUUGAUCUGUUGCAUCAUGCAUGGUGGGCCAAACCUCUGGCCUUUUUAUAUACAUAUACACUACAUAUACAUAUACACAU